UGAAGUUGUCACUGUCUCCAAACUAAUUAACGUACUUCUGCUUUCUGUUUCAAUGGCCUGCUUCAGCUAUCGUCUAAUAUGUUUGCUUCUUGUACUUAUGAUGGUGAUGGCACUACCUAACGGAGCUGCUGCUGCAAGAAGAGGUUCCGAUUAUUGGGAUCCAUUUAUCCGGUCACCUGUGGAUCUGGAGGAUGACGAGUUGGGGAAUGGCACUAGAUGGGCACUACUUGUCGCUGGUUCAAAGGGAUACCAAAGUUACCGGCAUCAGGCAAAUGUUUGUCACGCUUAUCAAAUACUCAAAAGAGGAGGCUUGAAAGAUGAAAACAUUGUUGUGUUCAUGUAUGACGAUAUUGCCACAUGUGAUGAGAAUCCAAGGCCUGGUACAAUUAUUCAUCACCCGGAAGGGGGCGACGUCUACGCCGGAGUACCAAAGGACUACACCGGGGAUGCAGUUACAGCUGAUAAUUUUUUUGCAGUGAUUCUUGGUGACAAAAGUUCGGUGAAAGGUGGAAGCGGAAAGGUUAUUGAUAGCAAGCCGGAUGAUCGAAUCUUUCUUUACUACACGGAUCAUGGAGCUGCUGGAUUGCUAGGGAUGCCGGAAAAGCCUUAUGUUGUAGCCAAUGACUUCGUUGAGGUCUUGAAAAAGAAGCAUGCCAUGGGUACAUACAAAGAGAUGGUUAUAUAUUUGGAAGCAUGUGAAAGUGGAAGCAUCUUCGAAGGCUUGCUGCCUGAAGAUCUCAACAUAUACGCUAUAACUUCAACCAAACCCGAAGAGCCUAGCUAUAUAAUCUAUUGUCCAGACAUGAAUCCGCCUCCCCCACCCGAGUAUACAACUUGCUUGGGAGAUACAUUUAGUGUUGCUUGGAUGGAAGAUAGCGAAACACAUAACCUGAAGAAAGAAUCCUUGGCGCAACAAAUCAACAAGGUGAAGGAGAGGACAUCUAUGUUCGGUACUUACGCGAAUGGUUCUCAUGUAAUGGAAUAUGGUACUAAAGUCAUAAAACCGGAGAAGGUCUAUCUAUAUCAAGGAUACAAUCCUGAAACCGCUAACCUACCAGCUAAUCGGAUUCACUUUGACAAGAAGAUGGAGAGUGUAAAUCAAAGAGACGGAGAUCUAAUAUACUUGUGGCAGAAGUACAAGAGAUCAUCGGUAUCCAACAGAGCGGAAGCUCUCAAGCAGAUGACAGAGACGCUAAGGUAUAUGGCGCAUUUGGAUAGCAGCGUCGACAUGAUUGGGGUGCUUCUUUUCGGACCACAAAAUGGUGGUUCAAUCCUACGUUCGUCUAGAGGUCGUGGUCUACCUCUAGUGGACGACUGGGAUUGUCUUAAAUCGAUGACUCGAUUAUUUGAGAAGCAUUGUGGCUUGCUAACUGAAUACGGCAUGAAGCACAUGCGUGCCUUUGCAAACAUUUGCAACAAUCUAGUUGAGGAGACUGAGGUGGAGGAAGCGAUUAUUGCUACUUGCAGUGGGAAGAACAUCGGACCAUAUGCUAGCCUUGGGGCUUAUAGUGUUUGAGAAUUUUAUCAAGCGUUCUCAUGUGGUGUUUACUUGCGAUAUUAGCAUACUUGAUAGUGUUUAUUUCAACUAUAUGUUUGCAUGUUUCCGUUUCAAAAAGAAUUGUGUUUUGUUUCUAGCUAUG